AUGAUACCCCAGGAAUUACUGAACAAGAGGGCCUGGAUUGCAGAGAAGAAGGUCAAGGCCAAACGCCGACUUCGGGCAACUCCUGUGACUCCUGUGAAGAUGACCAGUUGCAUCUUCCCAAGGCCUGUGACUAGAAUAAAUUCCCAUCCUGAGAAUAUCACCUUACCUCGGAAUAAGUCUGAAGAGUAUCUGGUGAAACCCAGGCAGGUCUAUGCAUUCAGCAGACUGCUGGGACAUCUAGUUGAAGACAGUAAAGUGGAGCUAGUAUGCCCAUUGGAUCUUACAAACACUGUCAGAGGAACUGAAUUGAGAUUGCAGGCUGAAGCCAAAGUUCAAAGAGGCGUUAAUAAUCUGCACACCUCCCCACUCUUUCCCUCUGUCCCACCACCCUCUUCCUUCAGUCUAGGGGCUACAAUGCCAGUCGCCCUAACGUUGUUUCCAUCUUUGUGCAGUCAAGAGGUAACUAGUACAGACAUUCGACGACAAGCACAGAAGGUUAACAGAGCCAGGAAAAGACUGGCCCAGGCCUUGGAGGCAGACAUGCUUGCCAGGCAGGCAGAGAAUAUGGCAGAAUGGAGUCUAGAUGCUUAUUCUGAAACUAAGUGA